AAGCAGCAGCUGCUUCCGGAGUCGGAGUGGGAUGCGUUCGUGGCCAGCAUGCGCCAGCCGCUGCCCACCACGUUCCGCAUCAACGCCAAUGGUCCGUUUGCGAUGCACAUCCGCGACGAGAUGGAGAGGCAUGUGGCCGAGUCGUUCAGCCAGCCGUUGGAGGUGGAGGGGGAGCGCGUGGAGGCGCCACGGGUGCUGCCGUGGUACCCGGACAGGCUGGGCUGGCACCUCAACAUCUCCCGCCAGCAGCUGCGCACCCUGCCCGAGCUCAACAGGCUGUUUGACUUCAUCAAGAGGGAGAACGAGAUUGGCGCCAUCACUCGCCAGGAGGCAGUCAGCAUGAUCCCACCGCUUCUUCUGGACGUGCAACCGCAUCACAACGUGCUCGACAUGUGUGCGGCGCCAGGGUCAAAGACCUUUCAGCUGCUGGAGAUGCUGCACGGGGGGUGCGGGCCUGCGCAGCUGCCCUCGGGCAUGGUGGUGGCAAACGAGUUGGACAUAAGGCGCUGUCACCUCCUGGUGCACCAGACGCAGCGCCUCUCCUCGCCCUGCAUCCUCGUCACCAACCACGCCGCCCAGCUCUUCCCCUCCCUCUCCAUCUCCUCUCAACCCUCUGCCGCUGCCGCUGCCCCUGCCCCUGCCCCCGCUGCUGCUGAGGUGGAGAAAAAAGGGGAGGAGAAAGGGGAGAAGGCGGAGGCAGUGGGUGCUGAGAGCAAGGAGCAGGAGGGGACCAAGGAGGGCGGGGCGGAGGGAGAGGCGAAGGGUGAGGGGAAAGGGGAGGGGGAGGGCGAGGGGGAGCUGUUUGACCGCAUUCUGUGUGACGUGCCGUGCAGUGGCGAUGGCACCAUGCGCAAGGCACCUGAUAUCUGGAAGAAGUGGAACACGGGCAACGGCAACGGGCUGCAUGCGCUGCAGAUCAAAAUCGCCAUGAGGGGUGGGCGCUGGGGUUCUCACCUUGGAUCUGCUCUGGGCGGUGGCGCUGUUGCGGGUGGGGGGGCGGUUGGUCUACUCCACGUGUUCCCUCAACCCCCUCGAGAACGAGGCCGUCGUUGCUCAGGUUGGCUCUCUGCUGCUGCUGCCCUCCCUCUCUAUGCUGCUGCUGCCCUCCCUCUCUAUGCUGCUGCUGCCCUCCCUCUCUAUGCUGCUGCUGCCCUCCCUCUCUAUGCUGCUGCUGCCCUCCCUCUCUAUGCUGCUGCUGCCCUCCCUCUCUAUGCUGCUGCUGCCCUCCCUCUCUCUGCAGCUGCUGCCCUCCCUCUCUAUGCUGCUGCUGCCCUCCCUCUCUAUGCUGCUGCUGCCCUCCCUCUCUAUGCUGCUGCUGCCCUCCCUCUCUAUGCUGCUGCUGCCCUCCCUCUCUAUGCUGCUGCUGCCCUCCCUCUCUCUGCAGCUGCUGCCCUCCCUCUCUAUGCUGCUGCUGCCCCCGCUCUCUGCUGCUGCUGCCCACACUCUCUGCUGCUGCUGCCCUCCCUCUCUAUGCUGCUGCUGCCCACGCUCUCUGCUGCUGCCCACGCUCUCUGCUGCUGCCCACGCUCUCUGCUGCUGCCCCCGCUCUCUGCUGCUGCCCCCGCUCUCUGCUGCUGCUGCCCACUCUCUCUGCUGCUGCCCCCUCUCUCUGCUGCUGCCCCCUCUCUCUGCUGCUGCCCACGCUCUCUGCUGCUGCCCACGCUCUCUGCUGCUGCCCCCGCUCUCUGCUGCUGCCCCCGCUCUCUGCUGCUGCUGCCCACUCUCUCUGCUGCUGCCCCCUCUCUCUGCUGCUGCCCCCUCUCUCUGCUGCUGCCCCCUCUCUCUGCUGCUGCCCCCUCUCUCUGCUGCUGCCCCCUCUCUCUGCUGCUGCCUCCUCUCUCUGCUGCUGCCCCCUCUCUCUGCUGCCCUCAGCUUGUCCCCUCCCUCUCCCGCUUCCCCCCUCUCCCCCAUUGCCCUCUUCCCUGGGGAUCCCGCAUGAAUCCUACGGGAGUCCAAUGGGUGCAUGCGUCUGGUGGACUGCUCGCACAUGCUUCCCAACCUCAAGCGUUCGCCCGGCCUCAAGUCGUGGAAGGUGGGGUGGGGAAGGGUGGGAGUGGGAAGGUAGGGCGAGGGAAAGUGGGGAGAGGAAAGGUGGGGAAGGUGAAGGUGGGGAAGGGGGGAAGGUGGGGAAGGGAGGGUGGGGAGUGGGAAGCCUCCCGGUUCCGCCGUGUGUCUCCUACGCCGCCUCCCAACCUUCCUCUAUCGCACAAACUAUUCGUUCUCCCUCGCUUAACCCCGUUCGCCGCUCCCUUGCUCCCCUCCUCGUCUCCCUCCUUAUCUCUCCUUCUCUCUCCCCUCGCUCCCACGCUCCCCUCGUCCUCUCUCCCUCUUACUCCAUCCCUCCCUCUCUCCUUCCCGCUUUCUGCAACUCUCUCCUUUCACCUCUCGCUCCCACCACUUUCUUUCCCUGCAGAAGUGGUGGAAGAGGAGGAGGAGGAGGCGGAGGCGGAGGUGUGUGAGCAGCCGGUGGAGCUGUGUGUGCGAGUGCUGCCUCACCAGCAGGACACGGGAGGGUUCUUCAUUGCUGUGCUGGACAAGGUUGCGCCUUACAGUGGAGCGGAGGGAGGGGAAGCGAUGGAGGUAGAGGAGGAAGGGGGGAAUGCAGAUGUUGCUGGUAUUGAUGCCGAGAACGCAGGUGCAAAUGAUGAUGACCAAGACCUGCUGAGCCCAAACUCUGCUGAUGCUCCUAAUUCCAUUGACGGUGUGUCGGAGCCCGGCGACCCUGCAGAGGAGGCAGAAGCAGACGCAGAAGCAGACCCAGCAGACGAACCAGAUGCUGCUGCUGCUGUUGCCGGCCCUGGAGACAGCAAGGAGCAGGAGAAGCAGCAGCGCGCGCAGCGGCGGCAGCAGCAGGGGCGGUGGAGGGGAGUAGACCCGGUGCUGUUCCUCUCAGAUGAGCCAACCAUCGCCAGCGUGGAGGCAUUCUACGGCAUCCUCCCCGCCUUCCCCCUGCGUUCGCAGCUGAUCGUGCGCAGCGAGGCGCCCAGCCACAGCAAGCGCAUCUACCUGGUGUCGAAGCCCAUUGCGCAGGCCAUCAGGGCGAACCAGGCGUCAGGGCAGCGCCUCAAGAUGGUGUCCACUGGGGUCAAGCUCUUUGAGCGGCAGAGCACCAAGGAUGGCGAGGUGCCGUGCUGCUUCCGCCUCUCAGCCGAGGGCCUGCCUUUCAUCCUGCCCUUCAUAAUGCGCCAGCUCGUGCACUUGCUUCCUCCUCUCGUCUCCCCUAUUCACCCUCAACCCUCCCAACCCGACCCCACCGCGCUCUUCCCCUCCCCCCUCCCUUCCCCUUCCCCCUUCCCCCACCCUCUCUCCCCCCCCGCAUCCUACCCCGCACCCCCUUCUCCCCCCCUAACAGGAGCGGCAGAGCACCAAGGACGGCGAGAGCUCUUCGACGGGGUUGCUAAGGCCAUGGAGGCGGGAGGCGGCGGACAUGGGCUGUGUGGUUCACGUGCUGGACCCCAAAGGGUUGAUGAGUUUUGCGUUCACUCAGAAGGCAGACUAAAGCGCCAGCACCUGGGCCUGUAUGGUGCCGGUGCCGCAGACUCUCCCCAAGGCGAGCAGCAGCAGCGCGGGCAGCUGACGGGGAGGGAGGCGGCGGUGAUAGUGUGGCGGGGCAGACGCAACGUGGGGCUCAUGCUGUCCAAGGUCGAGUCCAACCAGAUGCUACAGUGGCUUGACCUCCCCGCCUAUGCCGACAACGACACUGCUGCUGCUGCUUCGGGUGCAGCCGAUGACGCUGCUGCUGCUGCUGCUGCUGGUGACGCUGCUCCUGGUGCUGCUGCUGAUGAUGAUGCGGGUGCAGCAGCAGGAGCAGCAGCUGGUGGCAGUGCUGAGGGGGAGCAAGGAGCAGCAGCACCAGCUGCAUGCGCUGACGAGCCUAAGGGUUGA